GGAGGUCCGCGCGCUCCCGCGUCCGGAGGAGCGCGCGGACAGGAUCCGUCAGAACAUGAAGGAAGAAGAUGCGGAUCGACUCAGAGAUGGACCACUCGGCUGUGUUCACAGCUCUGGAUAAGGUCUGUGAGGAGAACAUCUGUGUCCUGAGUGGCCCCUCCGAGUCGCCGUACGGCACCGUGACCAAACGCCUGGUGGCGUGUAUGAGGAAGAUUCGCCAACAUGGCCGCGCCCUGGAGCCGGUGGUGGCCAGCUUCACCGCCGUCUACCAUCACUACGACUUCGACGCCCAGACGCCUGCAAACGGAUACCGAACGCUGGUCAAGGUGCUGCAGUCCUGCCUGGUGCACAUCAUCCAUAAAGGUCGCUACAUCGCCUCCAACUGCAGAGGAGCCUUCUUCAGGGCGGAGCACAACGCCGCGGAGAUGGAGGCGUACUGCAGCGCCCUCUGCCAGCUGCGGGCGCUGCUCCACCUCGCCCAGCGGCUCAUCCACGACAACGCCCACGGGCAUCUGUACUCGCCGCAGGACGCCGACCUGAGCGACCGCUUCGUUCAGGAGUACAGCUCCAUGCACAAGGCCUGCUUCUACGGACGCUGCCUGGGCUUCCAGUUCUCUCCUGCUCUGCGACCUUUCCUCCAGACCAUCGUCAUCAGCAUGGUUUCCUACGGAGAGACGUACGGCAGACAGCAGUCUGGCAUAGGAACGGCCGCUCUGUCCCUCCUCACCUCAGGGAAGUACGUCAUCGACCCGGAGCUGCGAGGCGCCGAGUUCGAACGCAUCACCCAGAAUCUGGACUUGCACUUCUGGAAGUCCUUCUGGAACGUCACAGAGUCCGACAUUUUAUCAGGCUUCACCCGGAUCGCCUCCAACCCGGUGCAGGUCAACCUCACGCUGACGGUCCCUCCAGAAAACCUGCGGCUGCCUCUGGCCUCUGACCCCACGCUGUCCACCAGCGUGUCGCCUCCCGUCGCCCACUGGGGCCCGGGGCCUGUCCACAUGAGGCUGAUCUCCUACGACCUGCGGGACGGCCAGGACAGCGAGGAGCUGCUGGGGUUUUCCCCGGGUGACGUGGCGCCCAUCGCCUCGCCCCGCCUGCCCUGGCUGCAGAAGAAGCCGCCGUCGCCAUGGCUGCUCAUCCACUUCCAUGGAGGCGGCUUCGUCGCCCAGACGUCCCGUUCCCACGAGAAUUACCUCCGUAACUGGUCGAAGGAGCUGAGCGUCCCGGUUCUGUCCGUCGACUACUCUCUGUCGCCCGAAGCUCCGUUUCCUCGGGCGCUGGAGGAAUGUUUCUACGCCUACUGCUGGGCGCUGAAACACUGCCACCUGCUGGGUUCUACGGCGGAGCGGGUCUGCCUGGCCGGGGACAGCGCCGGGGGGAACCUCUGCAUCACCGUCUCCAUGAAGGCGCUGACCGCCGGCAUCCGCGUCCCCGACGGCAUCAUGGCCGCCUACCCCGCCACCCUGCUCACCACCGACGCCUCGCCCUCCCGCCUGCUCACGCUCAUCGACCCCCUGCUGCCUCUGGGCGUCCUCUCCAGGUGCAUCAACGCCUACGCAGGUUCGGACUUCCAGACGAUUCAGCCUUCAGAGCGGCGCGGCAGCCUGAGCGCUCUGGGCCGGGACACGGCCCUGCUGCUCAGCGACCUCACCCAGGGAGCCUCCAACUGGAUCCAGUCCCUUCUGGACCCGACCCGGACCGUGCCGCGCCAAGGCACCGACCACCGCAGGGCGUCGGCCGGCGCCGCCACGGCCAGCGCCGCCGACAUCCUUCACUACCCGGACGGCUUCGAGCCGCUGCGGUCCGAAUGCCACGCCUACGUCCUGCCCACGUCCUACCCCGUCAUCAGGAACCCGUUUGUGUCUCCUCUGCUGGCGCCGACCGGCCUGCUGAAGGGCCUGCCGCCGGUUCACCUGGUGGCGUCGGCGCUGGACGCCUUGCUGGACGAUUCGGUGAUGUUUGCGAAGAAGCUGCGGGCGAUGGGCCAGGCGGUGACCUUGACGGUGGUGGACGACCUUCCUCACGGCUUCCUCAGCCUGGCGCAGAUCUGCAAGGAGACGCAGUUCGCCUGCGACAUCUGCGUGUCGCGGAUCCGGAUGGUCUUCCAGCCGGACGCCGCCUGCGCCGCGCCGCAGACUUAGCGCCGCGUCGUCGGGUCGGUUCUGCCACCACAGGAAGUAAAACUGCACUUUAAACCUGAACUGCACAGCAAAACUGGAUCCGACUGACGGGUUCCAGGUUCAGAUUAGAGGAAAAUUCAGAACCGCAGGAGAAAAUCUGUCCUCAGGUUCUGAAACACUCUCAAAGUAAAAACUAAUUCUCCUGUGAAGGUUCUGACUCUGACCCGCCGUGCCUUUAACAGAACCUCCUGCUCCUCCUCCAGCAUCCAGCAGGAAACAGGAAGUUCCUUCCACAUGAACUGUGUUGUUAUUAAUAUUGUUUUGUUUGGACCCAACAUGUAGUUUGAUGUUUACAGCUGUUUGUGAAAAGAGCAAACUCCAGAGUGCAAUAAACCAAAACUACCAGAA